CCACCUGACCCCCGACCCGACCCCACCCUCACCCUGGCCUGUGGCCUCGUGGCCCUGCUUACACUGGUGCAGUUCCUGGCCCUGCUGCGGAUACACAAGGUGAAGGAGGCCCUGCUGCCUGGUGUCCCCGACCCCCACAGCUCCUUCCUUGGCCUCUCUGAGAAGCAUCAUGGUAACUUCCAGACCAAUAGGCCUGGAUUUCGGAUUCCCAGGCUGCUAUCCCAAUGGCCCAAGAGCCGGACAAGGAUGACAUCAUCCGGCCUCAGACCAAGGGUGUGGAACCUCAGGAGGACGAUGAUGUCACUGCCCCAAGGUCCCCAUGUCUAGGGGGCGGGGCCCUGAUGUCGGUGGGAGAAGCCUCAUUCCUGAUGGGCAACAGCGCUGUACCACCUUGUGACAAUCCCGUGCUGACCCCAGGUCCCGCCCCUCGCUGCUGUAACUCACGCCCCUCUUCAUUUGCAUAAAUGUGAAUUUGUUAA